UUGUGUAUGUGCUCUCUGACCCCAGUGGCAGCGAGCACUCACUGCAUUCUACUUGUCUCUCGCAGGCUCCCCUUCUUCCCACAACGAGGCUGUUCUGUCUUCAGUCCCCCUCCUUUCUCGUCUGUCGCAUUUCGGUGAGAGUUCUAGUGGAGAGAGAGAGAGAGAGAGACCCCGGGGGUCGAAGGUUCUGCCCUGGCUUCCGCGAACUCAACCCCUCACGGCUUCUGAAAUACCCGAUGACCGUCAUCUUUGACACUUCAGCGGACAACCCCGGAGCGAUUUGGGGCCAAAAGAAAAGGUGGUGACUCACAACCAAGCCUUUUGAUUCGACUUGAGAGAUGCUUGCUUAUUGGAUUGGCACUGUUCCGCUGUGACCCGCUCAUGUCCCAACCAGAGGUGCCAUGGCCCGCAGAAUAUCCUCUCAGGGAAAGGUCACCAUCUCCGUGGAUGAGUACAGCUCCAACCCGACCCAAGCAUUCACCCAUUACAACAUCAACCAAAGCCGCUUCCAGCCCCCUCACGUCAACAUGGUAGAGCCACUUCCCUACGAUGCGCCGAAGCCUGUCGGUCAUACGCGUUUCGUCUGCGUUUCAGACACGCACUCGAGGACGGAUGGAAUCCAAAUGCCUUUCGGCGAUGUGUUGCUUCACACGGGCGACUUCACCGAGCUCGGCCUCCCGUCUGAAGUGAAGAAGUUUAAUGACUGGUUAGGUAGUCUUCCAUAUGAGUACAAAGUUGUCAUCGCUGGAAACCAUGAACUUACCUUCGAUAAAGACUUUAUGGCAGAACUCAUAAAGCAGGAUUACUACCGUUUCCCCUCAGUGUCCAAGCUGAGGCCUGAGGAUUUUGAUGACGUUCAGUCCCUCCUUACAAACUGUGUGUAUUUACAGGACUCUGAGGCCACCAUUAAAGGAUUCAGGAUAUAUGGGGCCCCUUGGACCCCCUGGUUUAAUGGAUGGGGCUUUAACUUACCUCGUGGCCAGUCUCUCCUCGAUAAGUGGAACCAGAUCCCUGAAGAUAUAGAUAUUCUUAUGACACAUGGGCCUCCUUUGGGGUUCAGAGAUUGGGUGCCCAAAGAGCUCCAGAGAGUUGGCUGUGUGGAGCUGCUCAACACAAUUCAAAAGAGGGUCCGACCCAAACUUCACACAUAUGGGGGAAUCCAUGAAGGGUAUGGCAUCAUGACAGAUGGCUACACAACAUUUAUCAACUCCUCCACAUGUACAAUCAGCUUUCAGCCCACCAAUCCACCAAUCAUAUUUGAUCUCCCCAACCCAGGGAACUCCUGAGACUCCUUAAAGCUCUGCCCUCUUUUUUUUUUCUUUUUUUUUUUUUACACUUUCAUUGAAUUGUCUUUUUGUACUGCUUGUAUUUAAAAAUGCAUGGAAAUCUGCUAUUUUUUAAAAUUGUAUUGAAGCCCAUGUCAUUAGAAUGACUAUCUGUGGGCAAAAAAUUUGUGAAUUUGUAAUUUGUAUGCAUCAGUUACCUUGUGUUUUUCUUUAGUUUUUGGUCAGGAUAUUAAAAGUGCUUUAUAAAGGUACUCCUAAUUGUGUCAGCAAUACUUGACCAUGUGUAUGAUUUAAUAUUAAUUGUGCUUUGUAAAUUUAUUAUAAAGCUAUUAUUUAAAGUCAUGAAGCCAAUACCUUGUGUGGUGUAUUCAAGUUUGCAUAAAUAAGUGCAUACAUCACUUAUGUUCAAGUGUCUUAUGGGUCUGAUAUUUAUUGCUGCAAUCAGACUUUGCUCUUGUCAAGAAAAUGUAUCUUUAUCUUGCGGACCAUUAAACCUGUUACAAGGCAAGCAUUUUGUUCUCUCUGCCAAUAAUACAAUACGUCAAAAGAUAUGUGAUGUUGGUUUGUAAAUGAGAUGUUGUGAAUGGAAUCUUGCAUUAUUGCUGUGCUGCUUGUGUCCUAUGAUUGCAGUUUAGAAGAGUGUGCUAAUUCUCAAUCAAAAAGAUGUUUGGCCUGAUUGUGUUGGAGUUUUUAGCUCAAGCUAAAAGAGGAAGAGAAUUCUUAAUGUGAUUAGUUGUUUAGUCCUGUCCCAGACAACACCUGUGCAAAUAUUUUAAUAGGUUCUAAUUCCUAUUAAAUCAGGGCCAUUCUUUAAAAAAUCAAACACAUUGUUUGUAGAUCCUGGGUUUGCAAUACCUUUAUUAUUACAUUGGUUAACUGGAAAUUACAUCAUAACACCCCAAGCCUAUGGUUUAAUUUUUCUCCAUAUGAUUGCCAUUAUUAGUUGUGAUGUAUUAAUCUGUGUGUUGCAUAAAAAUGUGUUGCACUGUGGAGCUGCAAUCUCAUAAGCAAAAGAAAAAAAAAAUCUAUUUCAUGUCAUUUCUGAUAUUGUAAAAGCUUUCUUUAUAUGUUUUAACUCAUUUACCUGAGUUUAUAUGCAAAUAAAAUUGCAUAUAAUUUUUCCCAUUUUCAUUGGGUUUUAAGAAACUCCACUUCUUUGCAUAGAAUAUUCAUACAACGAUCAUUCUAGAGACUGUUCUGCAUGAAAAUCCCAGGAGAUCAGCAGUUAUAGAAAUAGUCAAAUCAGCCUGUCUGGCACCAACAAUCAUCCAUUCGAUUAUCUAAUCAGCCAAUCAUGUGGCAGCAGUGCAGUGCAUAAAAUCAUGCCGAUAUGAGUCAGGAGCUUCAGUUAAUGUUCACAUCAACCAUUAGAAUGGGGGAAAAUGUGAUCUCAGUGAUUUGGACCAUGGCAUGAUUGUUGGUUCCAGAUGGGCUGGUUUGAGUAUUUCUGUAACUGCUGAUCUCCUGGGAUUUUCACGCACAACAGUCUCUAGAAUUUACUCCUAAUGGUGCCAAAAACAUCCAGUGAGUGGCAGUUCUGCAGACGGAAAUGCCUUGUUGAUGAGAGAGGUCAACAGAGAAUGGCCGGGCUGGUUCGAACUGACAAAGUCUACAGUAACUCAGAUAACCGCUCUGUACAGUUGUGGUGAGAAGAAUAGUAUCUCAGAAUGUUAUUCUGAGAUGCGGGCUGGCACUGUUUUGGCAUCACGAGGGGGACCUACACAAUAUUAGGCAGGUGCUUUUAAUGUUGUGGCUGAUCAGUGUAUGGUGUGAAUAGGUCCUUACAAACCAAGUUCAAGCUAUCAUGAAAUGAAAAUACAUGCUAUUUACUUUCUUAA